CUCAAACUGCACGCAGGCACACAGACAGAGAGGUAAGACGAGGAGGAGCUCCAGCUCCGCAGGACUCGACCGCGUAAACGGAAGGCUGCUCAUGCGCUUGGAUUAUACCGCGCAGAGAACUGUCACUGCUCAUAACAGCGACAGCGCACCUUUUACCUCGCUGCUCUGUGCCGCGCGCUGCAGCUCAUUUACUCGUCUUCUAAUAUUAAUUAAUACAUAAAUAAGUCUGGAUAUCCUGCCAAACACUACAACAGUAGCGGCGUUUAUGUGAUUUUUCUAGUUUUUUUUUUUUUUCUUACCCCACCCUGGAUAAAAUUGUAUAAAAGUAUUUUUUUCUUUUCACCUGCACUGCUUGAACCGCAGAAUCCGUGAGUCGUCGGAGGAAGAGGGACUUUCUCCUUUCGCAUCUAUAAGUCUCUCCCUGGAACUGCAUCAUCCAAAAUCUGGACUUACCUGUGUGCGGACGAUAUGAGGUGUGCAGGCUCCUUGUGGAUUGUUUGGUCUCUUCUGGUGCUCAGGGAGGCAGCAGACGCUGGAACAAUCUCAGACACAUCAGUCAGUCCCGGACUGAGCACCGGGAUGGGACAGAGUGAGAAGGCGCCGAGCCAAGGUCAACACAGAUGUGUCGAGUCAUCCAAAGGAGAUGCCCAACAAAACAGAACCGGUCUGUUCUGCGCUCCAAUGUGGGACGGGUUUUUGUGCUGGAAUGAGACGCCGGCUGGGGAAUCGGUAACUCUGCAGUGUCCAGAUCACCCUGACCUCGGUGCAACCGAAAAUGUGACCAAAUAUUGUGACAAAUCAGGCAACUGGGUCCAAACGGGCUGCGCUUGUGGACCACCUUUAAAGAGCAAAAUAGAGGAAAUUAGUUUUUUAAAGGAUGCGGCAGGAGAGCCAACCACAGAAGCCAUGUGGGUCAGAACAGAAAAGAUUAUUCUUGAAAAUGAAAACAAAUGCCUAGAGAAAAUGAAGAACGCACCACCGUAUAAUAAAUCAGGCUUGCACUGCGGUAGGAACUGGGAUGGCUGGCUGUGCUGGGACGAUACGCCGGCAGGAAGAUAUGCAUCCCAGAACUGUCCUGAUUACUUUGUAAGCUUUGACCGCACAGAACAGGCAAAAAAGUACUGUGGAGCAGAUGGAGAGUGGUUUCGUCAUCCAGCGAGCAAUAAAAUUUGGACCAAUUACACACUCUGUAUGACAACAGAUGACAAGAGGCCCAAGAGGCCAGCGAAACUCAAAGUGGAAGAAAAUGAACAGAAAUGUCUGCAAAAAAUGAAACGAGACCCAGCACUCAACAAAACAGCGCCGUACUGCAGUCGUAACUGGGACGGCUGGCUGUGCUGGGACGACACACCGGCAGGUACCCUUGCCUCUCAGAGCUGCCCUGAUUAUUUUUCUGACCUCAACCCCACAGCGAUGGCUACAAAGUACUGUGCAGAAGAUGGGCAGUGGUUUCGCCAUCCAGCGAGCGGCGUGACUUGGACUAAUUAUACGCUGUGUGUUGACGACAGCCUGGAGAUAUUGAGGGGGACUGCGCAGUUCUCCCGAAACACUGAGGUGGAUCUCAUCAGUGAAGCCACAGAGAGUCCAGAGGUCCAACAAAAGAAUCGGGAAAUUGUGCGGAAAAAAAUCCUUGACAACCAGUACAAAUGUUUUGAGAAAAUUAACAGAGAUCCACCUUACAACAAAUCAGGUUCGUACUGCAGUCGGAACUGGGACGGCUGGCUGUGCUGGGAAGAUACCCCAGCUGGAACUUACACAUCCCAAAACUGCCCCAACUACUUCGAUGACUUCGACCCCACAGAGAAGGCAACUAAGUAUUGCGGGGAGGACGGGCAAUGGUUUCGCCACCCGGAUACCAACAGGACAUGGUCAAACUACACACUCUGCAAUGAAAACACCAAGGCAAAACUAAAGUCGGCUUACAUCCUGUUCUACAUGGCUAUUGUGGGCCACGCUUUAUCCAUAGCCUCCCUGCUUAUCUCUCUGGCCAUCUUCUUCUACUUCAGGAGUUUGAGCUGUCAACGAAUCACCCUCCACAAGAACCUGUUCUGCUCCUAUGUGCUGAACUCUGCCCUCACCAUCAUCUACCUUGUCACCGUGGUCAACAAUCCCAAAGUGGUGGCCAGCAACCCGGUUAGCUGUAAGGUUCUGCACUUCUUCCACAUGUACAUGUUGGGUUGCAACUAUUUCUGGAUGCUCUGUGAGGGCAUUUACCUGCACACACUCAUCGUGGUGGCCGUGUUUGCAGAGGAGCAGCACCUGCACUGGUACUACCUGCUGGGCUGGGGCUUUCCUCUGGUGCCCGUGUCCAUCCACGCCGUGGCGAGGAAAAAGUAUUUUGACGACAACUGUUGGAUGAGCGUUGAGACCCAUCUGCUCUACGCAGUACACGGACCCAUAGUGGCAGCCCUUCUCGUCAACCUCUUCUUCCUGCUGAAUAUCAUAAGAGUGCUGGUGACAAAGUUGCGAGACACUCACCGAGCCGAGUCCAACAUGUACAUGAAGGCGGUGAGAGCCACCCUGAUCCUGGUGCCCCUGCUCGGGAUUCAGUUUGUCAUUUUUCCUUGGCGGCCGGAGAACCGUCUGGCCGGUGAGGUGUACGAGUAUGUCAUGCACAUACUCAUGCACUACCAGGGUUUGCUGGUGGCAACAAUAUUCUGCUUCUUCAAUGGCGAGGUGCAGGUGGCUCUGAAGAGACAGUGGAUGCAGUACAAAACCCAGUGGGGUCAGCGACGGAAGGACCACUGCUCCAUGCGCUCCACGUCCUACACGGCCACCUCCAUCACCGAGGUGCCGGCCUUCAUGUACCACCACGAGUGCAACGCCGAGCACCUGAACGGCUGCCACACGAAGGACUCGGAGCUGGUGGCGCUCAAAUCGGGAGACACGUACGCUUAGACUGCGCUUUAGAGUCAGAGCGUGACGGCAGACACACACCACGCCGAGUCAGAAAAGAAGAAAACGAUUCAGUUCUAGCCGCCUCAUCUCAGCGAAUAAAUCUCAGAGGCUAAUUUGUCCGGCACGGGGUGGGGGGGGGGUGAAUGUAUACGGGUCUGAGUCGGAGCGCUCGCCGGGGAGAGAGAGGAUUAGCUACGAGACUGAAGCAUUUUAUUUACACUUUACUCUUACGUUGCUGCUGCAGCUCCUCCCUCCCCGAGAACAUUGAUGUCGAGAACUUGCGACGCGAGAGGAGAGAGCUGUUCAUGAUGUCUGCUGACUUUCUAAAGCUGCUAUACUGUUGUGUGUGUGUGUGUGGGUCGGCUCACAGAGACGGAGAGGAAAUCAAAUUACUGCAAACUGGGGUGCUUUCUGUUCUUGACGACAGUACUAAAUGUGACACUUCAGUGGGUAGCAGUUCUAACUCUUUACGACUUCGACCAACGGAGUGAUGGAAACCAUCACUACGAUUAUUAUUAUUACUAUCAAGCUGAGGACCACAUCAUUCCUAACCUCACCUAUACCAAAGGGUGCUGUUUGUUCAUCACAGCUACGUGAACGCAAAGCAGAGGUUCAACACCCCUUCACACACAUUAAGUUAAUAUGACAUGGAAGAGGUAACAUUUCUAGACACUAUUUUAUGCUUACAGUUCUGGAAUUUUUAUGUACAUAUAUGUAUGUUCAAUUUUGUUUUCUUUGACAAAAGGUGUUUUCAGUGUUUUAAAAUGACUUUAUGCUUCACUUUCCGCUUGCCUUUUACUCGUUAGUUCCUAACUCUGUGCUACCCGUGCGUCCCGUGAUGCUGCAUUCCUGACGGCUUUGUUGUUUCAGAGUUGCUGUGUCUGUGCCGAUGCCGAAUAUCAACAGGGCUGAGAGGUAAAAUGCAUAUUGUAGAUAGAAAAAAAAAAAGAGAGAGAAAGAUAUAAAGGGUUUAUCAGUCACAGGAGCUCCUUUUGCUGAGCUAAGUGGAGUGCUGCAUCAGCUUUGCCCGGAGUCCUGAUAAAAAAAAAAGUGUAUUAUCGCUCCUCAUUGAAGCUCUCUGCAGUUCGUCCUCGGCCGUCGUAGCGGUGCGUUCCUCUAUCCUCUGUGCGUAAAUGCAGAGAUUCAUUUCAUAGCCUUCUGUGUGACUGACAAAAAAGAUUAAAUGUGGGCGCAAAUCUUAGUGUUACACUGAAGAGAACCAACCGAAGUCACAACUUUUACACGAGGGCACAUACGUAAUUUAUUAACUUAUUCUUUUCUUGUUUUCUCCGCUCUCUUAAUUUAAACCGUUUUGGUUAACUGCUCUAAUCAUUGUGAGGAUUAAUGUUUUCAUUUUAGGCUUUUGAUGAUUCGUUUGAGGCAUUUUUGUGCCAGGAUGGAGUGAUUCGGCAGCGAUGGCUUCUAAAAAUAGGAAUCGUGUGCACACGUUUGGAUUUAUUGGUGAUGUGCUGUCGCCCACAGAGGGCCAGAAUUAACACCGGAAGGAUCAAACAAAUGCACACACACAUGCUCAAAAAUAUUUGCUUAAAUACCCAUGACCAUCACAGUGAACAAAGUGGUUCUGUUGCAUCAUUAAAAACCCAAAAUUAAAGCCUUACGUACACACACCUCUGACUGGAAAUGUAUCAGCAAAAACUUUUGCUAAAAUUAUUCUCAUGAAGUUACUUAAGAUCUUAAAGAUCAAAAGAUCAAACCUAUGGACACAUUUAAACACAGGCAGAGAAAAUGAUUCGUGUUUAUCAGUAAUACAGUCAACAGGCAACAUUUUUAGCUGCUUUUGUAAUCAUAAAUUCUUCUGGCUCUCAAAUAGAAACUUGCUGCUUCAUAUUAGCAUCACCUGCAUGAGCGCUUCAGGUUAAAAUCAAUUGUUUUCUAGAAAUAGCCGAUGAGGCUGCUGCUCCUCUUUCUAUUCUUUUUUUUUUUUUUAAAUACACACUGUAAGGCAGGUUUGUGUUUUCAAAAAUAAAAGUCUGUAUCCAAUGUGUAGAAUAGCUGCCAAAGUUAACCCAGAGCUAAAUUUGAGAAGUAAAAGGUUUUUCAAGUAAUGUUUUUAAAGAUUGUUCCUAAAGUUAGAUCUUUACUCUUCACUGCCCCUGUCUUUACUUUGGGUACCUAUCGUCCGUCUACCAGUCCGAAGCUGGAAUCUUAACCCUCUCAUUCUUCUUCAGCCCUGACGGUGUCUCACACUUUGACUGCUGGACACAAACUCGGCAGAUAUGUUUCUAAGAUAUGUUUCUGACAACAUUCUGUUGUUGAAUUUGGUACGUGUUUUGCCUGUUUCCGUCUUACACCUCACAUUAAGUGCUGGACCGCCUCUGCAGGAAAGGUAAGUCGGCCUUUCCUGCAUCUUGAGUCUUAAUGAUAUGGUUGACGCCGGUUUCUAUUGCUAUUUUGCUAUGUGCCUGUUGUUGGAUCUGGCAUGUGCAGCGCCUCAAACUAUUCCUCAGUCCAACCUUACCUCCCUAUUGGUAGGAAUGAUCAAUACUGGCCAAUCAGUCCGCAUAUGAUACAUGCUUGACCUUUCAAGAUGGUUCCUCUUUGUCUUUCUCUUGCGCCUUCGAUUUCUCAAAGAGGGUGGCCACCUUCCUGAUGUCCUCCAAGACCUUUACUGGGUUAUUCAGCGUGGUGGUUUUGAUGCUCAAAGGCUCAAGGGUUAGGUUUAGGUUUUCUCUUAUUGUUCAGUCUCGGGGUGGUUGACUUACAAUGAAACCCCCAUAAGGAAUUUACGGCCUGCUCAGUUGUCUUUUCAGCUAUCUGUUUGUUACGGCGUCUCCGUGGUCUCCACCUCUAACGGCAGGUCGUACACCUCUUUCAGCAGCUAUUCAGUUUGACGCCUUGACGAACUCUUCUUUAGGCUGCCUCUAGCUGUUUGAAAAACACAAAUCACCUCAGCAAUGUGACCCCUCAUUAAUGGAGAUCAGCUCAUUAAACCUUAGAAGACACGGAGAGUAACUCAGCAGUGCUACGUACGAGACUUCUCCCGUUCUAAAAGACAGAACAAAGUGCACCACUUGUCAGAAAACAUCUCCUCGAUAUUUAAUAUAACGUCUUCAUCAGAUAUAUUUGGUCAUCCUUUCACAACAAAGUGCUGUUCUCAAUUUGGUUCUCUUCAAGCAUCAUUGCUACGUAACAAACUACCAUCGGUUCUCUCUCUCUCGAGAACCAUUCGUUGUACGUCAAUGGCAAGAAUUGACAAGCAUGGACUCGCUGCAGUUGCAUCAUAACACUGACAGACCACAAAGCUGCCAAAGGAUUUGUUUUGCUUCAUGAUCAGAACUUCUUUGGAUGGGUCUACGUGUGCUAUAGGAAAUGAGGAAGAGAGUGAUUUACAUGGUCACUAAAACUUGACAAAACAUUUUUACAUUUAAAACAAUCUUCAAAAAUCCCAGAGGGCUAUUACGCAAGAAGACCACAUUAAAUGAGUCAAAGAAAGUCAGGCAUCUUUGGAAAUCAUAAAAAAAAUGUUAGUACUGUAUGUCUAUGAGUUUUUUUUUAUUUUUAUCAGCCCUUUGCCAAUAGGAAAAGAAGAGUGACGAUCAUUGAUAGAACGGUUUUACAAAAAAAACAAAGUCACAUCCUAAAAAUGUACAUGUUCUAUUUUAUUAUUAAACUCAUCCUCCUCUUGGCUGUA